AUGGUCAGGGUGUCGGUGCUCGCCUCGGCGCGCGGCCUCGUCUGCCUCCGCGGCUGCGCCACCGGUUUCUACUACAUCGCCAACCGGCUCACCUUCCGCCGCGUGCGCCUCCCCUACCAGAACCGCGACCACCGGCUCGACGCCGACCCGGCCGUCGUCAUCGCCUUCGAGGACGACGACGUGGGCGCCGCCGGCGCCGUCGGCUUCCGCCACUACCACGUCGUCGUCACCUACCAGGUCCACGACGGCGUCUGGGCCGUCGAGUCCUUCUCCACCCGCACCUGGGACUGGCGCGUCGGGGACGACAUCUGCGCGCCCGAGACGGUCGUCGCCCAGUCCGGGGUCGGCGCGCGCGACCGCGCCUUCUUCCGCACCACCAUCGGCCACAUCCUCUGCUACACCCCGGAGACGGGCUGCGUCGACCUCAUCCCCGCGCCCCAGGAGGUCGAGGGCCGCAAGGACUGGGAGAUCGGCGAGAUGGAGGGCAACUUCUGCGUCGCCUGCGUCGACCAGCCCGCCAAGGAGGUGGCCGUGCUCUACAUGGUGCCCGGCGACGGCGCCGACCAGGUCACCUGGGCCUGGGUGGGCCAGUUCCACGCCAACAAGAUGGGCUACCACGGGCCACGGCAGGAUGACCCUGCUCCGCUCCAGGGCGCCGCCGAGGUGGUCAUGUGGGAUCCUUUCGAGCAGCUCGUGCUCGCCGUCGACUUCGAUGGCAGGGUCACCCGCUCCAUCGGCCCCCUCUCCGGCGGGAUGUACUACUCGGAUUUCAUCCCCUACGUCAACUCAUACGCCGACAUCUACAGGUACUGCUCAGAUUAAACUCGAUCCAGCCUCCUCUACUCUGUUUUGCCGCUUGCAUUAUUAUUAUUGGAUCUUUUUGAUCGGUUUAAUUCAGAGACUUUGAUGUUUCUGAAUCUGAUGUGAAAGCAUGUCCACAUCUGCAGAACUGUGCUGACUAGUAGUAGAUCGAUGCAUAUUGAAUAUAUAUACGUGUUGACUGUCCCUGUA